UCCUCCAUUUUGAAUUUGAUGUGUCGGCGUUUUUGGUUCGCGUUCUAGCUGUUUAAUUCCUGGAUAAUAUAAGGAAUUUAUAGUUUAUUUAGACCUAAAAGCAACAUAUUCAUAUCGAGUUUUGUGCAUUUUCGAUUCGAGUGAUUUUUCAACUACAUCAUGGUCAGAGGCGGUAGAGGAGGAUAUUCAAGGGGAAACUCUUACAGGGGCUCCAAUCGAGGCAAUUCAUCUUGGAAUAGUGGAGGAUACGGUAGAUCUUCACCUGAUCGAUUUUCAUUCGGCAACAAAUAUGGCGGUGACAGAUAUUCAAGAAAUGAUGAGUAUUCUAAACCAUAUAGAGUGGAAAGUUAUGGGCGCGACCGUCAUUCUCCUGAGCGAAAAAGACAAAGGGUAGAGGCAUCACGUCACGACUCCUACAGCGGAGGAGGUGGAGGCUCGUACAACUCUGGCGGCCGAUACGAAGGCGGAGGAGGCUACGCCCCCGAAAGAAGGGGCUAUUCCGGCGAGAGGGAGAGACACAUUACCACCUCGACGCCCUUCCACGCCUCCAGGCGCCUCGAGUCCGAGUUCCGCAAGCCGUCCAGGCCGUCGCCUAGGGGCGGCUACAGGGGCUCGAGGGGACGCAGGGGCGCCGUCGGCAGGAGAGAGAGGGGUGGCGGGUUCCCCCCGAGGAGACGGUUGGGAGAGAGUUCGUACGGCAUCAGGAAGAGGGGCAUAAUGAUACGAGCUGCUGCUGAACGGAGAGCCAAGAUUAUUAGAAUGAGGAGUCGUCGCAAGCCAGCUCUAGACAUGGAAAAGAGCGACAGCGAAGAAGAAAAGAAGGAAACUAAAGAAUCCUCAGAGGUGAAAGCCAAGAAAGAUAAACCUGAGACUGCUGCAACAGAGGAGGAAGAAGCAACUGAAGCAAAAGAUACUGAAACUACUGAAGCAGAAGAAACUAAGGAGGAAGGUGUUGAAAAGGCUGAUGAAUCUAAGCCAAAAGAGAAGAAGGAAAAAGUAGAAGAAGCGAAGACUAGCAGCAAGAGAAGUAGCAGCAAUCCGUUUAUUAAGUUAGUCUGUCCUCAGUGCAACGUUAAUGUAUCCACGUUCCGUCGCUACGAGGCCCACUUGCACGGCCGCACCCACAAGAUCUCCAUGAGCAAGGUGGCGACGAAGCAGCGCAGCAUCCUGAUCCAGAUGCGCCAGGCGCAGCGCAAGGCGCAGAACGAGCUGGAGAAGAACAGCAGCACCGACGAGCUGGCGUCGCGCAGCAUGUUCUGCAACCUGUGCAAGCUCAACUUCAAGCAGCUCAAGGCGGACCAUCAGGCCAGUCAGGCGCACAGGAACAUGAAGAAGUACUUGCUGCCGUUCUGCAAGGUGUGCAAGAUCACUUGCAAGAGUCCUAUGAAUUACGAGAGUCACUUGUGCUCGAUCGAUCAUCUUAAGAGAAAACAGAGAAAUGUGGGAAGCAGCGAGGGUUCCGCCGAAGAAGAUAAUUUAGAAGAUUUCACAACUAUCGAUUCCGUUGGCGAAGUUGAAGAAACCCCAGCAUCUGCAGAUGAUGAAAAGGAGGAAGUGAGCGUGGGCAUCGAGCAAAUUAGGAAAGUGGAAGUCCACUAUUGUGACCUUUGCAGAACGUAUUUACCAAGGGACUAUCCGAGGGAUAAAUCGCCUAGUGAAGUUCAGAAAAUGUUGGCAUCGCAUUGCAGAAUACGCCCGCACAUGCAGCGCUACAUCAGAUACCAGGAAAAUCAGGAACUAAAGAAGAGAGCUGAAAAGUUGCAAAGGAAGGAAACUGCAGAGAGGGAGAAGAAAAAGGAGGAAAAGUCUCACAAAGAAGGGGAUGAGAGUAUCACAGAUGCUUCAGAAUCGAAAGACAAGUCUAAAAGCGGGACUGACAAAGACUCAAAGUUGACAGACGAAGACAAACUGUGGGAAUCUGUGGAUAAAGAUAUAGGAGAGCUUUUGGAAGAAGGAGACACUGUUAAGAGUGAUGAUGAUGAUGACGAUUCCAGAAUCAACAAUGAAAGAUUUGACAGGUUUAAAAGUGACGAUAAAGAUAAAUCCGGUGAAGAUGCGAAGCCUGGGGAAGAGCAAGAUGGCGCCGAGGCAAAGUCAGACGAUCAGCCUGAUAAAAAGGCUGAAAAUGCUUAAGAAAGAAAUCUUAAUUUUUAAUCGUAACUAAUAUCAGAUAGAUUUUUAGAUGUUUAUUUUCUUUUUAAGUGACUUGUCGAUAAAAAUAAGAAAUAAUUUUCUUAUUUUUAUUAGAGCCAUAGAAAUGUUUAGAAUUAAAUUAUAUUAUUUUAUUUUGGAUAUUGUAGUGAUUGUAUGUUUGUAUAUCGUUAUAAUGCGAUUAUUAUGAUCAUAAUAAUAAUGGAUUUAGAAAUAAAUAAUAUGUGCUUA